CCGCGAGCCGGGCAGAGGCCGCUGCUGCCUCCCCGCGAGAGGCGGACACGGCCCCCCCCCGGGCCCAGCCCCGCCCCGGAGCCGGCAGGCUGCAAAAUAAUAUCCACGUUGUGCUACGGAUCCGCCCACCCUUCCAAGGGCCAGGGAAGAGAAAUGGCUGCAGUGGAUCCAGUGACCUUCGAGGAGGUGGCUGUCUGUUUCUCCAAGGAGGAAUGGGCCCUGCUGGACCCGGGUCAGAGAGCCCUCUACAGGGACGUCAUGCAGGAGAAUUAUGAGACUGUGACCUGGCUGGCAGGGUGUCCAGUUUCCAAACCUGAUGUGAUCUCCCAGCUGGAACGAGAAGAGGAGCCCUGGGUCCCAGAUCUCCAGGGCUGUGAGGAAAGGGGGAUCCCAGGAGACAUCCACACGGCAGGUGCUGGGACCGUGAGUGAGAACGAGGAGGAGAAGCCUCAGCAGGAAGUCCCUGAGCCGGUGGAACCACAUGGGACAGUAUUGAGAACAUCUGAAGGGGACAUCUCCCCGAGCCCCGAGGAGGGAGAAAACCGUGAGGAGCGGCACGGGCCAGAGAGACAGCAGGGAAUCCAGUUAGCAGAGGGUUGGGGUAAAUCCACUCACAGGAGCAAAGGGGUUAGGAAAAUCAAAGAAACCAUUCAGCCGCGGAUCCCCGCUGGAGAGACACCCUACAAGUGCAGUGCCUGUGGGAAAAGCUUCCACUGGAGAUCAGUCCUUAAUGUUCACCAGAGAAUCCACGCUGGCGAGAAGCCCUAUAAAUGCAAUGACUGUGGGAAAAGCUUCAGGGACAGCUCAGCCCUCACUAAACACCAGAGAACCCACACAGGGGAGAGACCCUACAAAUGCAGUGAGUGUGGGAUAAGCUUCAGUCACCACUCGGCCCUCAUUACUCACCAGAGGAUGCACACAGGAGAGAUACCCUACACGUGUGAUGACUGUGGGAAAAGCUUCCGUUGGCGAUCAUCCCAUAUCACUCACCAGAGAAUCCACACGGGAGAAAAACCUUACAGUUGCCCUGACUGUGAGAAAAGCUUCAGGCAGCAUUCAAACCUUAUUAAACAUUACAGAAUCCACACAGGAGAGAAGCCCUGUAAAUGCCCCGACUGUGGGGAAUGCUUCGCUCAGAUCUCCUGCCUUACUGAACAUCAGAGAAUGCACACAGGAGAGAGACCCUUUAGUUGUCCUGACUGUGGGAAACGCUUCUUUGUCAGCUCAACCCUCAUUCACCAUCAGAGAAUCCACACUGGAGAGCGACCCUAUAAGUGUUCCGAGUGUGGGAAAAGCUUUGUUCGGCAAUCACAAUGGGUUAUACACCAGAGAAUCCACACAGGAGAGAAGCCCUAUAAAUGCAAUGAGUGCGGGAAAAACUUCAGUGACAGAUCAGACCUCACUAAGCACCAGAGGAAACACACCGGAGAGAAGCCCUACACGUGCCCUGAUUGCGGGAAAAGCUACUGUUUCCGAUCAGACCUCACUAAACAUCAGAGAAUCCACACCGGAGAGAAGCCCUUCAAUUGCCCCAAAUGUGGGAAAAGCUUCGGUCGGAGAUCAGACCUUAUUAUACACCAGAGAAUCCACACAGGGGAGAGACCUUAUAUAUGCCCUGAGUGUGGAAAAAGCUUCAGUGACAGAUCAGACCUCACUAAGCAUCAGAAAAAACACACCGAAGAAAAGCCCUACAAAUGCCUCGAGUGCGAGAAAAGCUUUGAUCGGCACUCAAAUCUUAUUACACAUCAGAGAAUCCACACAGGAGAGAAACCCUACAAUUGCCUGAACUGUGGGAAAAGCUUCAGUCGCAGCUCAACCCUCACUACACACCAGAGGAUCCACACAGGCGAGAAGCCCUACAAGUGCCCUGGGUGUGGGAGAAGCUUCAGGGACAACUCAGCCUUUAUUAGGCAUCAGAGAAUCCACACGGAAGAGAAACACUAGAAAUGUCCGUGUCUCCGGAUGGACCAAGUGACUAACACCUGUGCCAAUUCCCAGGACUCUCAGAGGUCAGGCCAGGCGGGAGUGGUGGUGUGAUGAGGACGUGCCAUAGUUACUAAAGCAGAGAAUGAAAUCGCCUUCCUGGACUAGAGCUGCGCAGAGCAAGAGGCUGAGGUAAGGUAUCCACCUUGUGACUGGGUUUGAUUUUACUUCUCAAGUAGCUCUGGAUAGCCUCUGUUCAGUUCCUACAUUUAAGUUAAUUACCCACAACUGGUCGAUUCAUCCUCUAAUUUAGGGGUGUUCUUGGGUCCCUUGCUGACACUGAGAUCCCCAACAUCCACAGGUAACAGUUUCUAUCAUCUCCGGUUUGCAAGGAGACGCCAUCCCAUCCUAGUGGAUGAAGACCUGGCCUCCUUCAGUCACACCUUCGUCACUACAUGGCUGGACUACAGCAAGGUGAUAUACCUGGGCAUGAACUCAUCUGUGCUUAGGAAAUUCCAGCUACUACCGAAUACUGCAGCACAUCUUCUACCAUGGCACAUCAGGUCAUAGAACAUCAACGCAAGUUCAAGAUCUCAGUCCUUAUCUCCGUGUCCAGGGCCCUGGGUAAACAGAACGCCAUCUACAGCUCCAGGAUGAAAACCACCGUCAACAUAUUUGCUCCUUUUGCACAAUGGAACUUCCUACAAUACGGGUAAAGCCUGUGUGUGCAUGAAACAACUUUCUCGGGGGACAGUCAGAGACUGUGGAAUGAGCUCCCCCAGGAACUAAGGACCAUCGCAAACCUCCCCAGCUUCUGCUCCCAACACAAGCCACAUUUUUGUGACCCUGCCUUCUCUAACAUAAAUACAUUGUGUAUAUUAAAUAAGUCAUGGCAUUUUUUUAAUUUA